GUCCGAACCGCUCUGCGCUGAUCACUGUUCCACGGGACGCGUUCGGAGUGCGGACGACAGCGUCGCCGGUUACUCGGCCGAAAGAUACGCGGUGAGGAGAACACGGGACAAAAAAAUGACGCGCAAACGCUCGCCGUUGCCGUCCGACCAGCGGAAAAUCGACGACGACGCCGGGACCGGGCUGCUGGAUGGGCUGCGGCGAACGGGACGGGCAAACAACGGGUUGCGUCGCCGUCUCCGUUCGACCGCGAAAACCAGAACGUUCGACGUUUUCAGAGCGGUCAGCUUGGUGACGCGCCGUCUCCGGGCCGCCCACCACCGAACCGUACGAGAACCGAGGUUCGUGCUCGCUGUGGCUGUAGCCUUGUUGGUCGGCGGUCUCCUGGUGGUGGCCUUUUUCACCGCAGCCGUCGAGUUAGUGAUCGAUGACCAAAUCACCCUGCGGCCGGGUUCUCAGACGUACGAGAUGUGGCGCAAACCGCCGGUCAACCCGGUGCUUAAAGUGUACGUGUACAACGUCACCAACGCCGACGAGUUCUUGUCCGUCGUUGGUCCCGGUGAGACGCGCGAGAAGCCGCUUCUGGACGAGCUGGGUCCGUACGUUUACGUAGAAACAUGGGAAAAAGUUAACUUGACGUUCCACGAAAACGGCACGCUUACGUACAACCAGCGAAAGGUGUACAGAUUCGACCGCGAACUGAGCGCCGGUUCCGAAGACGACGUCGUCGUGGUGCCCAACAUUCCGAUGUUGUCUGCCACGUCGCAGAGCAAACACGCCGCCCGGUUCUUGAGACUGGCCAUGGCCAGUAUCAUGGACAUAUUGAAAGUGAAACCGUUCGUGGAGGUGAGCGUCGGCCAACUGCUAUGGGGCUACGAGGACCCGCUGUUGAAACUGGCUAAGGACGUGGUCCCCAAAGAGCAAAAGUUGCCUUACGAAGAGUUCGGACUACUAUACGGGAAAAAUGGCACUUCCCGAGACAACAUGACCGUUUUCACCGGAGCUACAGACAUCCGGAUGUUUGCAGCCUUGGACAAAGUCAACGGACGUACUCACCUCCCGUACUGGACCUCUGAGACGUGUAACCGCGUGUCCGGCGGCAGCGACGGUUCACUGUUCCCUCCCAGGAUUCAACCCGACACGAUCUUGCACGUUUUCGAUAAGGACAUGUGUCGGAAGCUGCCCUUAGUAUUUAAAAAGGAAGUCGAGAGGAAGGGAGUGAAAGCUUAUCGAUUCGGGCCUGACCACAGGGCGUUCGCCGAUCCGGAACACGAGCCGGAAAACCGGUGUUAUUGUCCUUCGAGUAGUAAUUCUACUAGCAAUAGCUCGUCCAGUUCAAGCAGCGCUUCCACUCCAAUGCCAACUGUAUCCAAGCAAUCGUCGACAUCGGGCCAAUGCGCGCCUCAUGGAACGUUCAACGUGAGCUUAUGUCAGUAUGACUCGCCGGUGUUGCUGUCUUUCCCACAUUUUUAUAUGGGCGACCCACGACUACGCGCCGCUGUUGAAGGAAUGGACGAACCCGAUCCGGAGCUACACGAAUUCUAUCUUGACGUACAACCGGACAUGGGAGUAGCCAUGCGUGCCAGGGCUCGAGUACAAAUCAACCUGGCAGUAAGUCAAGUGGUAGACAUCAAGCAAGUGGCCACGUUCCCAGAUAUCGUGUUCCCGAUCAUGUGGUUCGAGGAGGGAAUUGACGAGUUACCGGACAGUGUCAUUCAACUGCUGAAACUUGCCACGCAGACGCCACCCGUGGCCAAGGCCGCAUUGCAGUACGCUCUGUUUUGUUCGGGGGUCAUAUUAUUGUUAUUGGCCUUGGGGUGCCUCGUACGUAACUCGCACCGUCAAGAGACCAUGUCGUUGGAAGGAACGGCACAUUACAGCCAGGACGAGAAGAAGAAACCCAAAAAGACUAUUCCGACAGCGCCCACGAACGUAAUAUCGAACGGUAACGGAAGCUCUGCAAAGGCUAACGCCGGCUACGUAGCCGACGACGAAUAGCGUUCGAAAAAAAGCGAUUGGACUGCCAUGGACGAGAAGAGACGACAGCAAAUGGAGGAUUAAGCACGGAAUGAGCAACAGAGGCGAACAAAAAUCAAAAGAAAAUUAUAUGUCGACCUGUUGCAUGGGUACCACCUAUGUGACCGCCGCCACCACCGCAUAUAUUAGUAGUUGUGACAUAAUAACUACCAAUAAUAAUGGUGACUCCAUAUUAUAUUAUAAAUAUCAUAAAAUUCUCUCUCUAUCUAUUUAUACUACUGUAUAUACAACGUUUAAUCAUUAGGUAUGCAGUAUAUCCAAUAAAAUAUAUUGUUACGUAUUCACUCGCAUUUGAUCCGCUGUCGAACAGCAAAAUAAUCAAAUUUAUUACGGUACCUACGAUUGCAAUAUUAUACGGUAGAACUAUUUUGAAUUCAAACCAAUUCUUGCGGCCAUCAUUAAUUUCCCCGUGUACAAAAACAAUCACUAUGCGAGUGUGUAC